UAUUCAUAGCCACUUUUACGACAUGUUCAAUAUUAAAUUGCUGCUUUUGUUGUUGGCCGUUUCAAGGUUCCACCAUGGACAAGCCGUCCAGGAGACGAAAACCGAGGAAAUACCAGAAACAGAACCUGAAACUGAGUCCGAAGUAAAGAUCUCCACGGAUUCUACACCAACAACGGGCGUCUCAAGUAAAUGCAAUAUUUACUAUAGGAACUACCAAUGGGUUCUUCAGGAUUGUGUCUGCCGUUGUUUCCAAAACGAAUGCCUUAUGCAAAUCGAGAGCGAUCAGCGCAAAAAGGAGGGUAGAUCCCCAUUUGUGCCCGUUACGGAGGAACUCUGCCGUUCCUUCAUCAGCAGAAAGUGUAGCGUGGGCUUCCCCGUGGUUGCUGAAUUCCCCAUUCCGGCUCCCUGUGGCUGCAAUCGAAAGCCAGGAUCAAUUGCCACCGAAAGAUUCUACAGUUUGUGCCACCUGCUGAAGUUCUCAGCGGAGAACAGGAAACCAUUCCUGACUUAUUCUUAUUGUUGGCCCUUCUAAGAGAAAGGAAUUCAGUUGGAUCACGUUACUAACUUCUUUGUUUAUUUUAUUGUUUAUUAUUUAUAUGCUUUAUUAGUUUAGAGGGAGAUGGAUUACAAAUAAUAAAGAAAUAUAUGCAAUGACA